CGCCGCGAGGAGAACGCGAUGUAUGAGUUCUCUCCUCGCCUCAGAGUUGUCUGAGUUCGCGGUGCGGUGCCUGGGCUUCCGGCUUUCGGCGCCCCACGCGCUCCUGGUUCCCGGGUUGCAGCCACGCCGGGCUGAGUCGGCCACGCCAGGGAAGCAGAGGCUCGGGAGGUCUCUUGGCCCCAGUCCCAAGAAGAGGAGGCUCGUCCCCCUGCGAGGCUUCGGCCGGCCGUGCGGUCUUCCCUCACUCUCUGUGGCCCCAUCUGUUUUGAUGGCGUCUCAUCAGCAAUCCCGGAUCCAGGCUUACCUGGAGAAGAACAAGAUCGGCCCCUUGUUUGAGGAAUUAAUGACCAAAUUAAUAACUGAGACACCUGACCAGCCAAUCCCAUUUCUCAUUGACCAUCUUCAGUCCAAACAAGGAAAUCGUGGACAACUUCAAAGAACUUUCUCUGGAUCUGCAGCCCUCUGGGCAGAAAGUGAAGAACAUAAAGGAACAAGAAGAGAUUUCAGAAACUAUGAUAAACCUUGGCAAUUAAAUGCAAAGAAGCCUAAGAAGUCAAAAAGUGACCUUGCUGUGUCUAAUAUUUCUCCACCAUCACCAGAAUCUAAAUCAUUGCCAAGGUCAGUAGAGCAUCCUAAAUGGAACUGGAGGAAUAAAUCAGGAAACCGUGAUUUUGAUGAAUUGAACCACAUCCUUCAAGAGAGCAAGAAACUGGGAAAAGCCCUAGAGAAUCUCUCUCGAAGUAUUGCGAUUUCAGAUGAACUUGAUAAGGAAACAAUGGCAUUUAAUUCUUCUCUUCUGAGACCCCGAGUGAUUGGAGAGUGGAUUGGUCGAGAAGAGAAUGAUGCUGAUCCACUAGCUGCUGAAAUGCUGCAGCCGCCAAUUCCCAGAAGUAAAAAUGAGCAAUGGGAAAGUGAAGAUAGUGCCUCUAGCCCUGCAGGAAGUUUAAAGGUGGAGCCCAAGAGUAAAGGAUUAAAGCAACAGCAACAGCAACAUAAGAAACUUCUGGCAGCAAUGCUUUCUCAAGAUUCCUUUGAGUCUGUCCACAGCCCCACCCCAUCUGUAACAGAAGAAGAUAUUGACAAUGAAGAUGAUGCAAUGGAAUUGCUGGAGGACCUUGAUGAUUUAAGAAUGGAGGGAGUAACUACCCUGGUACCUUCUGGGAGCAAAUUUAACCAAGGCCGUGCUACUUACUCUGCUGAACCUCAGGCCAAGGUCACAUUGAACAUCUGCUCAAGGUGUGCCAGGCUUCAGGGAGAUAAUCUGGAAGAAAGGUCAGAAGAAACAUCACAAAUACUUCAUUCUCCAGAUGAAAUAAUCCCGGAUUCUCUGGAUUCUCUACCUGGGACUGAAGAAGCACUUAUGGGAGAAGGUAACAAGUUUGAAAAGGUGUCUAGGUUAACCGGACCUGGAGAAGCCUCCAGUGGAGGACAGUCAUUGAAAAACUACAUGGAAGAAGAUGAAUCUUUAAAGCAACUGCAGGUAGUUCAUCAACCCUGGAUCUUGCCAAGUGACACAGAAAGUGAAGGAGUGGAAGCAGAACAAGAUAAACGUUCUGCUGAUCUUCUUCUUUGUGUCCCAUGCUCUUCUUGUCCUGCACUGGUCUACUCUGGUCUGUGAAGCAGGCAGAAGAAGUUGCAAGUGGUCCUUAAAAUCCUUAUUAUUCAAAUCCUUAUGCAAUUAAAAUUUUAUUUAUUAUGUAUAGUGAUUUAGAGAAUGGUUAUUUUUAUAUUAAUAAUAAUAAACAAGUACUGUGUAAGAAGGAGGUGUGAAAGAGUGUAAUUAAAAAAAAAAACCUUGGCAAAGGAUUCUGGAGAGGUCAGGAUACCUACCUGUUCCCCAGACUGAUUACUUUCUACCUACCCAUUAAGAUUACUAUUUGAUACAUGAAAUAUUGCCUGAUUCAAAUAAAUUUGCUUAAAAUUUUUGUGUAU